AUGCUAAUCAAAACCUUUGGGUCACAAGACGAGAAGGUGCAGACUUGUGAUGCUGUUUACUUUGGUGUUUAACUACCUGAUGGAACAGAUAUGAAGUUGUCAGCCUAUUCUGUACCACUUAUCUGUGAGCCAUUUACUGGUCAGUCAGUAGCCCUGGCGAGGAACAUGUACAAGCACCUCAAUGGAAUUCACCUUGACGAUUACUCAAAAGGA